AGACUAGCAGUGUGAAGUCUUCUUUGCACCGCAGUGUUAAGUUUAGUUUUCUGUCACUGAUAAAUGAUAGAGAGCAGCCUUAGUGACAGACAUGAGGAGCAAACAACAGAGAAACAUUUGCCAUUUGGCCAUGGUCUAUUUUCUCUUGAGUUCAACUUCCCCUGCUGCAGAUGGUCAGAUCAGAAUAACUGGGUCUCGGUCUACUCUGUGCUCUGGACGAGUUGAAAUAUAUCACAACAACACCUGGGGAACCGUCUGUGAUGAUUCGUGGGACUUAAACGAUGCUAAGGUGGUUUGCAGAGAGUUGGGCUGUGGUCCGGCACUGAGUGCCCCUCAAUCAGCCUACUUUGGGGAAGGAACCGGACAAAUCUGGCUUGAUGAUGUGGCCUGUUCAGGAAGCGAGAGCUCUCUAACUCAGUGUCAGCACGGAGGAUUUGGGAUACACAACUGUGGACAUAAUGAGGAUGCUGGUGUGGUCUGUUCAGGUGUCAGAUUGGCUGGUUCCACUCUGUGCUCUGGGCGAGUUGAAAUAUAUCACAACAACAUCUGGGGAACAGUCUGUGAUGAUGCGUGGGACUUAAACGAUGCUAAGGUGGUUUGCAGGGAGUUGGGCUGUGAUACGGCACUGAGUGCCCCUCAAUCAGCCUACUUUGGGGAAGGAACCGGACAAAUCUGGCUUGAUGAUGUGGCCUGUUCAGGAAAUGAGAGCUCUCUAACUCAGUGUCAGCACAGAGGAUUUGGGAUACACAACUGUGGACAUAAUGAGGAUGCUGGUGUGGUCUGUUCAGCACUCCUCCCAAAGCCCAGCAUCUCCAUGAAUCCUGCAGCUGAGGUUACCUGGGGUCAAGACGUCAGUAUCACUUGUUCUGUCAUAACUCAAACUCAGCAGCUUUUAAAUCCCACAUUUAUUUUAAAAAAGGCUUUGAGUUCAGUUGGAGAGAAAAAAACGUCAAGUACCAACUCAGCCACCUUCAGCAUGCCUGAAGUCAACUUUGACAGCGAAGGAUCAUACCAGUGUCACUAUAAGAUAACAGUUGCAGGUCAAGACUUCAACUCCUCAAGUGACUCUGUCGGACUCUCUGUUACUGUGAGCCUUCCAAAACCCACCAUAUCCAUGAAUCCUGUUGGUGAGGUUACCUGGGGCCAAGACGCUGGCAUCACUUGUUUGAUCUCAACUCAGGUUUUUGGUGGGACAUUCAUCCUCCAGCACUCCUCAGGCCAAAUCAGAAAGACAGUAACGGGCACCAACUCUGCUACCUUCACCAUUGACCAAGUGGACUUUCACAAUGAAGGAUUGUACCAGUGUUGGUAUCAGACAAGGAGUUCAAGUCAAGACUUCAUCUCACCCAAAAGUAACUUUGUCAGACUCACUAUUUCUGUGCCGCUGCAGCAGCCCAACAUCUCCCUAACAUCUCCUAACAGAGGGGUGGUCUGGGGCCCUGAAGGUGCACAGAUAACCAGGGGUUUCAGCUUUGUCUUCACCUGCUCCACUCCCUCCCAUUAUCUUGGAGGUGUUUUCUAUCUCAUCUUCUCUGGUUCCAACCUCACCAACACAAAGCCAGCGGUCAACCAGUCAGCCUCCUUUUCCUUCCCGGUGGCUGAGUAUGGAGACCAGGGCAACUACAGCUGUGUGUUCGAAGUCAAACUGUCCUCAAGAAGAUUCACCUCUCCACAAACUGCACCGAUUAGUGUCAUCAUUAAAAUGCAUUUGUUGCCACUGGUCUCUUCAGUAGCUGCUGGGGGUCUACUGCUGCUCCUGCUGGUCUUGGUGGUGGUCUGCCUGGCUUGCAAGAGAAGACGACGAGCCAAGCACGCUGGAGCCCUCGUCCAAACUCAAUUGGCUGUCCGAGUCAGGAAUGAAUAUGAAAAUAACGACUAUCAGGACGACGAGGCUGACUAUGAAAAUGUUGAUCCAAUGGACACCAAGAACAAUAUCAAAGAGGAAGCAGGGAAAGGGGAGGAAGAGGAGACCAAUGAUUAUGUAGAGCCAGAGAGUGACGAAGAUCAUGAUUAUGAGGAAGCAGUCCCUAGGGUAAGUAUUAUGAAGACGAACGAGGUCUGUUUAACUGCAGAGGAAAACAGUGAAGAAGAAGAAGAAGAAAAAGAAGAAGAAGAAGAUAACAAUGACGACUAUGAAAAUGUAACCAAACCAUUAGAUGGAGACACUUUGGACAUUUAUGGAGAAGAGGAUAUUUAUUAAAACCUUUUAAGGUGUCCAAUGAUCAACAGUGUCACAGUGGUUAUCGUGGAUGAAGCACCCACUGCAAAGGAUUUAAAUCUUAAGGUGCUUUUACAUCUGUAGAUCGGCUAUUUUGGUCAAGACCAAAAACAUUUACAUUGUAGCAUUUUUCAGCUGUUUCAGUUCCUUUUUAAACCACACACUUUGCUCUGGUGCAAAUCAGCUGAUGAGUUGGUGAAAUGAAACAAAAUGCAGCAACACAAGUCACGUGACAACAUUCACAUCAAUGGCCAGAUGUGUCCUUGAACACAUUUCAGUCCCUCCAGGAUUUUGCGAAGUCACAACAGCAACAAUUCACACAUAUUUAACCAUUGACUCCCAAUUUCAACCAACCACUGCAACUUUUCCGCAAAUUUGACCAAUAACCGGAGUUUCCCGCAGUCCCAGUCUUUGCAUCUGUGUGUUACUUGGUGAGAGCCACUGACCUGGCGGAAGUGAGAAUGGGUUAACAUAACAUAGGUUUGUCGCCAAAUUAAGUUCCUUGUUUCUGAUAUGAAGACCAGACGAGUGUGACUCAAACAUCUCACAUUUACCAAGAAAGCGUACAGCGAAAGACCGUGCAAAACAUUUCAGACCGUCCUUCCAAGCUGUAACAUUUUAACAUCAAUGUACGCUGUAAUGUUUUUUUCAUUCUAAAGUCGCUGAGAACUGCUGCUGUUUUAAUCCUGUCGGCUCUCUGCAGAGGUGGGGCUGCUCAGUUCCC